AUGGAGAUUACUAGAAUGACCGGAAUUCCUCGCGGAGAUAAUGAUGCGGCCAAGGACUUGAAGGCCGACGCUGAAUAUAUUGAGGAUUCAUUAUACGACGUCGAAACCCUAACUCCGGAUCAUCGAUCGUACCUCCUUGCAAGACAUGGGACAGCGAAUCUUAUACCCCUACCGAUACAGGGUCCACAAGAUCCCUUGAAUUGGCCCUCAUGGAAGAAACACGUUAACCUCGCGCUUGUUGCCUUUCAUGGCCUCAUAUCAACUGCUGGGGCCGUAGGGGUUACUCCAGCAUUUAAUACUUGGGCCGUGCGAUUUGACACUUCAAUAACCACUGCAAGUUAUUUGGGAUCUGCUCAGAUGAUUGCUCUCGCUUUCGGACCUCUCCUGUGGUUUCCUCUUGCAAGUCGAUAUGGCCGACGGCCGGUCUGGCUAAUUUCCGGAUUUGGAAGCGGUUUAUUCAACAUUGGAUGCGCGUUAGCACAGAGUUAUGGGGCUCUCAUGACACUUCGGGUUUUUCAAGCUUUCUUCAUUUCCCCGGGCAUAGCGAUGGGCCAAGCGGUGGUGGCUGAGAUGUUCUUUACACAUCAACGGGGACGUGCAAUGGUAAUCGUUCUCCUUGGCAGAUUUGUACUUAUGUUGACACUGGGGCCACCAGUGGGCCCCUUUAUAAUGGGUUUUGUUAUCCAGCAUCUCAGUUGGGAAUGGAUGUUCUGGCUCAUGGCCAUCAUCAAUUUUGCUCAGUUCUUUGGCUGCCUUUUUUUCGGUACUGAGACAUUGUAUAACAGAAAUCAUCCUAGGACUGAAAACCAACCUGGAUUUUUAAGGCAGCACUUCAAGUUUGGCAGGAUUAACGCUGAUCCUCUGACGAAAGAAGAGCUUCUUCUCCCCUUUCGAGUUCUUGGUGAUUUAAGGGUGCUAAUACCGACCGUCGCAUAUGCAAUAGUCUUCAAUUUUACUCUAGUGUUGAUACCGGUUGAAAUUGCUUCUCGUUUUGGACUCCUCUUUCAUCUCAAUGCGCAGGAAACGGGAAUUAACUUCUUGGGUCUUCUUAUCGGGCUUCUUUCUGAUUUUCUUCACACGUUGCAUAGUUGCUGCUUAGGAGAAAUUGUUUCAGGUCCCAGCAGCGAUCUGUGGCAGAACAAGUCGUUCAAAAAGGCAGCCAGUCAUACCACUCCAGAGCAUCGGCUGUGGUUGAUUUACCCAGGAUUUGCACUGUCUACUGCUGGCAUAGUCAUCUUCUGCGUUACUCUAGCAGAGGCCGAACCUUUACAUUGGAGUAUCCGACCGAUUGUCGGUACUGCAGUGGCUGGUUUUGGAGCCCAGAUCGUCACUACCAUCGCCAUCACAUAUACCACCGAUUGUUAUCAAGAAAACAACGCGUCUGCUUUGGGAGUCGCAAUUAACGUUGUUCGAUGUACUUGGGGCUUUACCGGUCCAUUUUGGUUCCCAUAUAUGUUUGACUCGUGCGGCCUUCGUGGGUCCGCUGGUUUAAUGGCUGGAAUAAUCAUUUUGGUUUCUGUUCCUGUCAUUCUUCUACAGUUCGUGAUUGUACCUCGUCGGGCAUCAUUUUAG